AAACGUCGCUUCAGAAGACAUGGAUUAAACCACUGGAAUCAUAUUGAUUACAUUUAUGCUGCCUUUAUAUACUUUUUGGACCUUCAAAGGUCUGGUCACCAUUCACCUGCAUUAUAUGGACCUACUGAGCUGAGAUAUUCUACUUAAAGUCGUCGUUUGUGUUCAGCAGAAGAAAGAAAUUCGUACACAUCUGGGAUGACAUGAGGAUCUCGUCCUUUGGGGCUCCGACACCAUUCGCUCCUUCAUUGAAGCCACUCCCACAACAAUUCACCAAUAAAUACUGUGAAUAUUCCCAUCAUCCUGCAAGAGAAGUUCUUCAGACCAGCAGGAAGAACUGAAAUCUGUGUGAUAUACUAUGGUGAAGAUGGAGUUUGUUAAAGAAGAGAGAGAAGACAUGAGUUAUCCAGAAUCAUCCAGAAUAAAACAUGAAGAUACUGAGGAACAAAUAGAUCUGAUUGAAGUGGAAGAGGAGAGUCAUGAACUGAAUGAAGUGGAGGAGAAACAUCAUAACUUCAAAACAGAAGAAAAUGAUUUUAGCUGCUCACAGACUGAAAUGAAUUCCUCACAAGAGAGACCUCAAAAAACAGAAGCUGAAAACUCUUUCACCUGCCCUCAGUGUGGAAAGACUUUCAAACGUAAAGUUAACCUUAAGAAGCAUUCAAAAAUUCACACUGGAGAGAAACCUCACACAUGUCAUCAGUGUGAAAAGACAUUCACACGUAAAGACCACCUUCAGAUGCAUUUAAGAAUUCACACCGGAGAGAAGCCUCACACAUGUCAGCAGUGUGGAAAGAGAUUCACAUUUAAAUCUAAUUUUAAACAACACUUGAAAAUUCACACCGGAGAGAAACCUUACACCUGCCCUCAGUGUGGAAAGAGUUUCAUUGGUAAAACGUAUCUCAAUUAUCAUAUUGGCUGUCACUCAAGUGAAAAGCCAUUUAACUGCGAUCAGUGCGGUAAACACUUUUCGAGAUCAUCUCUUCUAAAAACACACCUGAAAAUUCAUACAAAUGAGAGGCCUCACUUGUGUUCUUUUUGUGGAAAUAGUUUUUCACGACUGGAAACUUUGAAAGAUCAUCAGAAAAGACACGCUGGUGUGAGAGAUCAUAUAUGCUCUGAGUGUGAGAAGAGCUUCACUACAGCCAGCCAACUGAAAAGGCACCAGAGGAUUCACACUGGAGAGAAACCUUACAAGUGCCAACAGUGUGGAAAAAGUUUUGCAUGUAAAAGUAAUCUUCAGAAGCACUUGAGAAUUCACACUGGAGUGAAGCCUUACAUGUGCCUUCAAUGUGGAAAGAAUUUUGCACGUAAAAGUAAUCUUAAGAAGCACUUGAGAAUUCACAGUGGAGAGAAACCUUUCACAUGUCAGCAGUGUGGAAAGAGUUACAGAUUUCAAUCACAACUUAAUAGACACAUGAGAAUUCACACUGGAGAGAAGCCGUACACUUGCCCUCAGUGUGGAAAGAGUUUCACUGAUAAAACAUCUCUCAAAUCCCAUAUUAACGAUCACUCUGGUGAAAGACCAUUUAACUGCGAUCAGUGCGGUAAACAUUUUACAACAAUGUCACUUCUAAAAACACACCUGAAAAUUCAUACAAAAGAGAAGACUUAAGGACAAUUUAUACUAAUGCGUCAAACCUACACCGUAGGCUCAUAGCUUUUAUAGUUCUGCGUUGGUGUUUCUGCGAGUACAGAACCAAGUGCUAGUCUUAGGAUAUUGAGAGAAAAUGCCUUCAUUUCUAAAAUAACUAUACAUUUCAUAAAUAAAGGCAAAUGCAAUUUGUGGACUCAAAAGUAUUUAUCUUCAUCAAGGUACUGUAUGUAGGCCUUUGUAGGUAUUUAAACCUUCAAUGUCAAAGUGAAAGUAAAAUGUAAUCUUUUUUUUUUUUAUUAUUAUUAAAGAAUUAUAAAAAAUGAAUUAGUAAAAUACCUGGUUUAGAUAAGUGAUCAGCCCCCUAAGAGUAACCAUUACAAACUUGCUCAGGUACAACCAGUCACCUUUCAGAUCACAUACCUGGCUAAUUGGCCCCCACCUGACAUCAAUUAUAGUUGUUUUUAAUUACUUCAGAAUAAAACGUAUAGGUUACCAUGGUACUCCCGGUUCCCUGAAAGGGGGGAACGAGACAUUACGUCGAUGACGACGGUAGGAGUUGCUCCUGAGAGCCCCGAUCUCACUGAAUAGUUUUCCAUCACGCUAAUUUCAUUGGCAGAUGUCUUUGGAAGUACCGCCUCCUAUGCUCGGUGAGCAUAUAUAAGGCGGGCCAAAAGAUAGGCUCCUCAGGACAUUUGACUAAAGAGGCGAGAGGAUCUCUAAAAACCUUUUCAGCAUCAAUCAAUGUUGUGGCAAGGCUACGUAAUGUCAGGGAACAGGGGCACGGUAACCUAGACGUUCCCUUUCAAGUUGUUCACUCGACGUUAUGUCGAUGAUGACGGUAGGAAUCCCAAUAGCACAGUGCCGUAAUACUGAUUUGGCUGCGCUUGCUACCCAAAAAAGUGGUUGGAAGUUCAUAGAAAAACAGGUUCCACACCUAAAGCCCCGUUCACACUGUCAGCGAUUUUGUUGCUAGAUGUAACUAGUCUCUGUAUUUUUUGUCGCUAGUGGGCGUUCCUACUGCUGUCGCUCUAACAAUAUUGGUUGGCUGUACAACUGGCCAUAGCUUCAGAAAAUCUGAUCACAGAUGAGCUAGAUUGCCAUUAAAACAAAUAUAUCAUUCUUUUUUGACAAGGAAUAAUUUGUUUUGCCUCUAAUAAUGAACAUUCUGUCUGUCUGAACAUGCUUUUAUAUAAACUACAGCUGUGCUCAAUGCAUCCUGUCAUGAACAAGACAAACAAUCUUUUAAUGUAUGCAAUAAACUCACUAACAAUGUCAACAAUUUCUGAUACAUUAUCCAAUUUGAUAAGAAAUCAGUUUACUUGCCACUAAAAAUGAGCAUUCUAGACGGGAAAGUGUUAUAAACUGCAGCAAAACUCAAUGCAUUUUAUCAACAUAAAGAUCUUUCAAUAUAUCAGUUAAACUCAAACAGAAUGCAGACAAUUUCUGACACGGUUUUCCACACAUCACUGUUUUAUUAUAUUCAUGUAAGUUGUUACAGAAACAUGAUAUAGAACAGUGAAAUCGAUGACAACAACAACUCCUCCGUCUUUCCUGCACUCAUCUCCAUUAUCUCACAGGAGAUAGAUGACGUGAGUUUCACUGUCUUUUCUCAUUGGCAGUCGCUGCGUGAUAUCGCUCUGUAUUUGCAUCAAGUUGAACUUUUCUCAACAUUGUCUUGUCAUUUGACACGCCCACAUCCUGUCGCCAAUGGUUGCUGUCACUCGUGAUGCCAGAAGUCGCCAUCUCUCAUUGAAAAUGAAUGGUCUCCUGUCGCUUGCAGAGACAAAAUCGGUGAUAGUGUGAACGGCUUAAGUGGGGAAGAUCCCGGGACAGUGAGUGACAAAUUGUGACACUGAAUAAAACAUUACAUACAGUUGAAUUCAGAGGUUUACAUACACUUAGGUUGAAGUCAUUAAAACUCAUUUUUUAACCACUCCACAGAUUCAUAUUAGCAAACUAUAGUUUUAGCAAACGUUUAGGACAUCUACUUUGUGCAUGACACGAGUAAUUUUUCCAACAAUUAUUUACAGACCAAUUGUUUCACUUUUAAUUGACUAUAUCCAAUUCCAGUUUACAUACACUAAGUUAACUGUGCCUUUAAGCAGCUUGGAAAAUGAUGUCAAGCCUUUAGGCAAUUAGUCAGAUAGCUUCUGAUAGGCUAAUUUGCUAAUUGGAGUCAAUUGGAGGUGUAGCUGUGGAUGUAUUUUAAGGCCUACCUUCAAACUCAGUGCCUCUUUGCUUGACAUCAUGGGAAAAUCAAAAGAAAUCAGUCAAGACCUCAGAAAAAAACAAUUGUGGACCUCCACAGUUCUGCUCCAAUCUUGGGAGCAAUUUCCAAACACCCUAAGGUACCACGUUCAUCUGUACAAACAAUAGUAUGCAAGUAUAAACACCAUGUGACUACACAGCCAUCAUACCACUCAGGAAGGAGAUGCAUUCUGUCUCCUAGAGAUGAACGUAGUUUGGUGCAAAAAGUGCAGAUCAAUCCCAGAACAACAGCAAAGGACCUUGUGAAGAUGCUGGAGGAAACCGGUAGACAAGUAUCUAUAUCCACAGUAAAACAAGUCCUAUAUCAUCAUAACCUGAAAGGCUGCUCAGCAAGGAAGAAGCCACUGCUCCAAAACUGCCAUAAAAAAAGCCAGACUACACUUUGCAAGUGCUCAUGGGGACAAAGAUCUUUUUGGAGAAAUGUCCUCUGGUCAGAUAAAACAAAAAUUGAACUGUUUGGCCAUAAUGACCAUUGUUAUGUUUGGAGAAAAAAGGGUGAGGCUUACAAGCCGAAGAACACCAUCCCAGCCGUGAAGCAUGGGGGUGGCAGCAUCAUGUUGUGGCGGUGCUUUGCUGCAGGAGGGACUGGUGCACUUCACAAAAUAGAUGGCAUCAUGAGGAAGGAAAAUGAUGUGGAUAUAUUUAAGCAAAAUCUCAAGACAUAGCCAGGAAGUUAAAGUUUGGUCGCAAAUGGGUCUUCCAAAUGGACAAUAACCCCAAGCAUACCUCCAAAGAUGUGGCAAAAUGGCUUAAGGACAACAAAGUCAAGGUACUGGAGUGGCCAUCACAAAGCCCUGACCUCAAUCUGAUAGAACAUUUGUGGGCAGAACUGAAAAAGUGUGUGAGAGCAAGGAGGCCGACAAACUUGACCGGUUACACCAGUUCUGUCUGGAGGAAUGGAACAAAAUUCCAGCAACUUAUUGUAAGAAGUUUGUGGAAGGCUACCCAAAAUGUUUGACCCAAGUUAAACAAUUUAAAGGCAAUGCUAACAAAAUGUAUGUAAACUUCUGACCCACUGGGAAUGUGAUGAAAGUAAUAAAAGCUGAAAUAAAUCAUUCUCUCUACU